CCCCGCGUCACGCGGUAGCUGCCGGGGCGCGGCCCGGGAGCCCGGAGCCCGGGCCCGAGGACGUGAUGAGCUCCAGGGCCCGCGAGGGAGUGCGCACCCCGCGCAGCAGCCCCACCCCGCACUAGAACUGGCGGGGCUGGGGGCGCGCGUUCGAGGAGUGGACCGACUGGCGUUAAAGGGGAGGCGAGGGGCCGUCCCCUGGGCCUCCGCGCGACCUCCGCCCCGUGAGAGAAGACCUCGCCGAGUGCGGGACUCAGUCCUGAAAUGCUCGUGGCUGAUGGCCGUCCGUCAGGCCGAUGCCAGAACUGGAGUGCUGCGAGGGUGGCUCCAAACUCGCCAUUUUGGGUAUGUCUUCUCCAGACGACCGCCUUCUCAAUGGGGAAUGUACCCUGCUCCCAUCAGCCAGUUUUCGGGAAUCGGUGACCUUCAAGGAUGUGGUAGUGGACUUUACCCAAGAAGAAUGGAAACAGCUGGACCCUAUACAGAGAGAUUUGUUCAGGGAUGUGACGCUGGAAAAUUAUACACAUCUGGUCUCCAUAGGACUCCAAGUUUCCAAACCUGAUGUGAUUUCCCAGCUAGAGCAAGGGACAGAGCCAUGGACUGUGGAACCAUUAUGUCCCCUUGGAGAAGGGGAGACAAGACCUGAAGAUAGUGUUCCCCGCCCAGAACUGGGCAUCUCUUCAGAGGUGAUAGUGGGAACAUACAGAAGGGAAGAUAUUUGGAGUUCCCAUGUCUUGGAGUCUCAGGUAUCUGGAUGCAAUAUAGAGAGGCAGCAAGCAAACCAACAGACACCACCAAGUGAAGUAGAAGUGGUCAAAAAAAUAGUACCCACCUGGGAGGGAGGCCCUGCCACGAACGAACUUGAAAAAAGCAUCGUUGUGAGUUCAAGCCUUUUAGCACAGCAGGAAAUAUCUCCAGGACAGGCUUUUGCUAAAGUAAGCAUCAAACAGAAUUCACACACAGUGAAAAAAGAGAAGUCUUGUAAGUGCAGUGAAUGUGGUAAAGCUUUUAGUUAUUGUUCUGCUCUUAUCCGCCAUCAGCGAACACAUACUGGAGAAAAGCCUUACAAAUGUAAUGAAUGUGAAAAGGCCUUCAGCCGGAGUGAAAACCUUAUAAACCAUCAGAGAAUUCACACUGGAGAUAAGCCAUACAAAUGCGAUCAGUGUGGAAAAGGCUUCAUUGAGGGCCCAUCUCUUACUCAGCAUCAAAGAAUACACACCGGAGAAAAGCCCUAUAAAUGUGAGGAGUGUGGGAAGGCCUUUAGUCAGAGGACGCAUCUUGUUCAGCAUCAGAGGAUCCACACGGGUGAGAAGCCUUACACUUGUAAUGAUUGUGGAAAAGCUUUUAGCCAGAGAGGUCAUUUCAUGGAACAUCAGAAGAUUCAUACAGGAGAGAAGCCUUUCAAAUGUGAGGAGUGUGAUAAGACUUUCACCAGGAGCACACACCUCACUCAACAUCAGAAAAUUCACACCGGAGAGAAAACCUACAAGUGUAAUGAAUGUGGCAAGGCCUUCAACGGGCCCUCGACCUUCAUCCGUCACCACAUGAUUCACACGGGCGAGAAGCCCUAUGAGUGCAACGAGUGUGGCAAGGCCUUCAGCCAGCACUCGAACCUCACCCAGCACCAGAAGACACACACCGGCGAGAAGCCCUACGACUGCGCAGAGUGCGGGAAGGCCUUCAGCUACUGGUCAUCCCUCGCGCAGCAUCUCAAGAUCCACACUGGGGAGAAGCCCUACAAGUGCAGUGAGUGCGGAAAGGCCUUCAGUUACUGCUCGUCCCUUACGCAGCACCGGAGAAUCCACACCAGAGAAAAGCCCUUUGAGUGUAGCGAGUGUGGAAAGGCUUUCAGUUACCUCUCCAACCUCAACCAGCAUCAGAAAACUCACACCCAGGAGAAAGCCUAUGAGUGUAAGGAAUGUGGGAAAGCCUUCAUUCGGAGCUCAUCUCUUGCCAAGCACGAAAGGAUUCAUACCGGGGAGAAACCCUAUCAGUGUCACGAAUGUGGGAAAACCUUCAGCUACGGCUCAUCCCUCAUCCAGCACAGGAAGAUCCACACUGGAGAGAGACCGUACAAGUGUAACGAAUGUGGGAGAGCCUUCAACCAGAACAUACACCUCACACAGCAUAAGAGGAUCCACACAGGAGUGAAGCCUUAUGUGUGUCCCGCAUGUGGGAAGGCCUUUCGGCAUUGCUCCUCUCUCGCACAGCACCAGAAAACUCACACGGAAGAAAAGCCCUACCAGUGCAAUAAAUGUGAGAAGACGUUCAGCCAGAGCUCCCACCUGACUCAGCACCAGCGCAUUCACACUGGAGAGAAGCCCUAUAAGUGCAGUGCAUGUGACAAAGCCUUCAGCCGCAGCACUCACCUGACGGAACACCAGAACACGCAUUCCGGAGAGAAGCCUUACAACUGCAGCGAGUGCAGGAAGACCUUCAGCCAGAGCACUUACCUGACUCAGCAUCAGAGAAUACAUUCAGGGGAGAAGCCUUUUGGCUGUAGCGACUGUGGGAAAGCCUUCAGGUAUCGGUCAGCUCUCACCAAGCACCAGAGACUGCACCCUGGCAUCUGACCGUCCUGGAAGCAUCGUGGGUGUAGGUGCUGCGUGUGCUUGGGUUUGUGCUUUUGUUACGUACUGAAGAAUCGGUAGACAGAAACUCCUCAAGCAUUUGACCUUUUCACUACUGUGAUAUGGGAUGGAAAGUACACUGGCUGAACCCCUGUGGCAGUGGGAAGCUCAAGUGUUUUAAACUUUAGUUUCCUCUGUGAAAUCAGAGUUUGGGGGUUGAUGAUCUCAGCGGCAGUUAGGAGUUUUAUACUCAGUUUUGUAUAUCUACAGUAUAUCCUUAAAUAGUUUGUGCAUCAGGCUUUUGGUGGUGCAUCUAGAAUGUGUAUGUUCAUGCAUGUUUUGCCAGUAGAAGGAAUUCGUGCUUCAGUCACGAGGGAUCUGUUUGACUCCUGUUCUAAUGCACUAAGUUGCUUAGGCUAUUGCUUUCUAAUAAAAAGAACUACAAAGGACCCUCA